AUGAAACGUUGUAUUUUUCAGACGCAUGCUACAACCUUCUCUUAUCCAAAGAUAUUGUUCGAAGAGCUAGGUUACGUGAAUCUUACUACGGCUCUUUUGAUAAAUGGGACGACGAUGAUGAUAACUUAUAUCAGCCCGAUGUCAUGCGUUAACAGUUCCGAUAUUUUGAAGUUAGCGAGGAACACUUUGAACCAAUACCCACGUUUCUGGCUCGAUGGUAAGGAUGCGAUAAGUUGGGGACUCUGCUCAAGAGAGAGUGUUAAAGGAGGAGAGAUCAGACGCUCGACACUAACGGUCUGA